GCAAAGCUUUAUAUAGCGGCAGAGGAUAACAGCUGGGACACAAAUCAAACCACUGACAGAGAGGCAUUAACAAAUGGAAGAGCUGAAAAUUCAAAAUGUCAACCUGGAAAAAUCUGAAAACCAGGAGAGACACAGGACAGAGGGCUUCAGCAGCUCCAAAGCCCUGGUGGUACGAAGAGGAGCCCCGUUCAAAGUCAGUCUGCAGCUGGGGGGCCGAGCCUUCAACCCCAAGACCGAAUGUCUGAGGAUCAAAGUGAUGCUAGGUCACCUGUAUGUGGUCAUGCCAGUCACUUUCGACGAGAAGGAUUGCCCUUUCCGUUGGAGCGCCUAUAUCGACCCAAAUGGCCUGAACCUCCAAAACCCCUCCAUAUUCAUCUCCUCUCCUGUCACUGCCUCGGUGGGUCGCUACAGAUUUCAGGUGUGUGUGAUCAGUAAUAAUGGCAUGAAGACCUGCGCGUUCGGCAAAUUCAUCCUGCUCUGCAAUCCCUGGUGUCGUGAGGAUACUGUGUAUAUUCCCUUCGAGGACCAGAGAGAGGAGUACAUCCUGAACGACUCUGGGCUGCUGUAUCUAGGGACGGCGAUGAACACUGUGUCGAGACCUUGGUCCUUUGAUCAGUUUGAGCCUGAUAUUCUGGAGACGUGCCUGAAUCUGCUCCAAGUCAGCCCUCAGCACCAAAAGAACAAAAGAAUGGACUACCUGAGCCGAAAAAGCCCUGUCUACAUCAGCCGGGUCGUGUCUGCCAUGAUCAACAGUGAAGAUGACCGUGGUGUGCUGAAGGGGAACUGGACAGGUAGCUACAAAGACGGUGUUCCUCCCUCCUCGUGGACUGGGAGUGGGGACAUUUUGACACAGUGGGCUGCGUCUGGUUACAGCCCGGUCAAGUAUGGACAGUGCUGGGUGUUUGCAGCUGUAAUGUGCACAGUCAUGAGAGCUCUUGGCAUUCCUUGCCGUGUUGUCACGAACUUCAACUCUGCUCACGACACCAAUGACAACCUGGUGAUUGAGGAGUACUACAGUGAAACGGGGCAGAAACUGAACCUCAGCAAAGACAGCAUAUGGAACUUCCAUGUGUGGGUGGAGUGCUGGAUGACUCGUCAGGAUCUGGGAUCUGGCAUGGACGGCUGGCAGGUUUUGGACCCGACCCCCCAGGAGAGGAGCAGAGGAGUGUUCUGCUGUGGGCCAGCCCCAGUCAAAGCAAUCAAGGAUCGCCGUAUUGACCUGUUUUUUGACAUCCCCUUUGUUUACGCUGAGGUGAAUGCAGACGUUCACUCAUUUGUAGUUAGUGAUGGGCGCGUGGUCAGCCACAGCAAAGACACAAAGAGAGUGGGAUCCUUCAUCUGCACCAAAGCUAUUAGCUUCCCCAGAUACCAGAACAUCACCGGAGACUACAAAUACAUCAAAAGUCCAACUCCAUCAUUAUCAUCAAGAAGUUCAACAAUGUCGGAUGACUCAACAUUAGAAAGAGAUCCAUCCAAGGGGGUUUCAGUCUCCCUGACCCUGGAUAAAGCUCCUGUUGCCGGGGAGCCUGUCCGCUUCACAGUGAAAGUCGUCAACAGGCAGAAUGUGGCCAAAAUGAUGAGGGUGCAUCUCAACGCCCAGGCUAAAGAAUACAACCACAGCCCCACAGACACCUUCUGGAAAUCCCAUGGUGUCCUUCAGCUGGCGCCCAUGGAGGGCAAAGUUCUCCACCAGCAGAUCCUCCCGGAGCAGUAUGAGGAUGUGGUGGGAGAUGACCUGAUCAACCUUGCAGUCGUCCUGGAGGACACAGUCAGUCAUGAGCAAGUCCUGGCAUCAGAGGAGUUUAACAUCACCAGCUCACAUAUUACAAUAGAGAUUGCAAAUGAAGACUCUAUUGUGCCCAACAAAAAGCACGCUGCCACAGUGACCUUCACCAACCCAUUUUCUCACCCGGUGAGUGGAGUACUGACAGUGGCUGGCGCCGGGCUGAUGCAGGGCAAGGCUCAUUACAGGAUGCACUCACUGCCUCCAGGAGGAAAAGCACAGCAGCACAUCACCUUCAUCCCCAGCAAGAUGGGAACCAAAAUGCUGCAGGCCAGCAUGGCCCUCUCAAACAUCAACUCCACUAUAAGAGGCUUCAAGAUGGUCUCUGUCAACAGAGCUUAGGCCCUGUUUGUGUGUGUUUUUUUGUUCAGGUAUCACAUUUGGGUACAUUUCUGAAGUCAGCAUUGAUUUGCUUUUUUAUUUUCUGAUGUAAAAACAAAAAUAGCCACCUAGAACAGCCAGAACAUGACAACAAGGUGGUGGCAUCCAUUGCAGUAGAAACUACAGAUUACUGGCUUUGCAUGAUAUAAAUGUGAAUGUAAAUUAUAUUUAUUUAUUUAUUGAGAUUUAUUGUGCUAUUUGUGUUCAAGCCAUUAAAAUUCACACUUUUUAAA